AUGAAGUCGCCCUAUUUCCCGGCGAGAUCGGUGCUUUUUCGUAAGGAGUCAAACGGAGUGACGUACAGAGUCCCAGCUUUGCUCUACCUGCCGAACUCCAGGUCAUUUCUGGCCUUCUGUGAGGAGAGAUUGAGUCCGUCCGACUCUCAGGCUCACCUGCUGGUCAUGAGGAAAGGCACUUUCUACAGGAACUAUGUGGAGUGGGAGGACAUUUGUGUUCUGGGCACUGCUUUCCUGCCGGGCCACCGCUCCAUGAACCCCUGCCCGGUGUACGAUGAGUUCACAGGAACCCUCUUCCUCUUCUUCAUCGCUGUCCUGGGCCACACCUCAGAGUCCUACCAGCUGGUAACAGGGAAGAACGUGACCCGACUCUGCUUCAUCUCCAGCACGGACGGUGGGGACACCUGGAGCACCGUCACGGACCUCACCAUGAGGGUCAUAGGAGACACCAUCAAAGAAUGGGCCACGUUCGCUCUCGGCCCAGGUCACGGCAUCCAGCUGAAGUCAGGUCGCCUGCUCAUUCCUGCCUAUGCCUACCACAUCGAGUGCAAAGAGUGCUUCGGACAGCUCUGCCAGACCACUCCCCACGCCUUCUGCUUUCACAGCGACACCCACGGGAGAAGCUGGCGUUUCGGGGAGGCGGUGCCAGGUCCGGAGAGUGUGGAGUGUCAGAUGGUGUCUGUGGACGAGGAGGACGGGACUAAUGUAUUGUACUGUAAUGCGCGCAGCCCUCUGGGAUACAGGGUGCAGGCCCUCAGUCUGGACGAUGGAGCCGUGUUCCAGGAGGGGCAGCUGGUGCAGCGGCUGGUGGAGCCUCGAAAUGGUUGUCAUGGUAGUAUUGUUGGAUUUCCUGCCCCGUUACAUCUACAGCAACGCCUUAACAAUCACUUACAGCAACCUGUGCCUGGCUCUAGACACUGGACAUCCUGCAUGGCCAACUACAAUCACACAAGUUCUGUUGCAUCCACAUCCAUCGCAGCAUCGCCUCCCUCAAGCAUCUCUUCAACUCCCAAUACUUUGUCACCCCAUCACGAUGCCACCCCAGAUUUCCUCACCCCUACCUGGGUAGUAUACUCCCACCCAACAUGGACCACUGCACGCAAGGAUCUUGGCGUGUUCCUCAGCCUUUUUCCCCGUGAUCCAGACAGCUGGCGUGGCCCCUGGGUGAUCUACGAGGGCCCCAGCGCCUACUCUGACCUGGCCUACUUGGAGCUGUCGCCCUCCCCUGGAGCGCCUCCCGCCGUGGCCUUCGCCUGCCUGUUCGAGUGCGGCACCAAAACGGCCUAUGAUGAAAUUUGCUUCAGCAUCUUCACCCUCUACGAGCUCAUUGACAAUCUGCCCCGGGACGUACGGCCGGGAAAUGAUGGAUAUAAGAGGCAGCAGAAUCAGGUGCCGGAGGCAGAUUGUAGACGUGACGCUCAGAGUGUUUACCAGCAGGUGCCACGUGUGAAGAAGAGGAGAAAGAAGAGCAAGUUGACAGAGAUGUGCUCUGUUUCUUAA